GUGUCUGCCGUCACUCUCCCCAGGUUUUUGAGAGUCAUUCUCGAAAACCAUUUGUAGUUUUUGAAGGACCUACGAGAUUUUUUGAGAAAAAUGGAAGAAAUGAGUGUCAUUGUGCCUGACAAGGAUGUGUUGGAGUUGGAGCCAAAACCAAUGGUGGGACAUUAUUCCUCAGGGGAGGAGCUGGAUGUCGAGGAUUUGUACACAAAAUAUAAGAAACUCCAAAGAAUGCUGGAAUUCCUGAAAGUCCAAGAGGAAUACAUCAAGGACGAGCAGCGAAACCUCAAGAAGGAGUACCUCCACGCUCAAGAGGAAGUGAAACGCAUCCAGAGUGUUCCCCUGGUGAUCGGUCAGUUCCUGGAGGCAGUGGACCAGAAUACUGGGAUCGUGGGGUCGACCACAGGGUCCAACUACUACGUUCGCAUUCUGUCGACGAUCGAUCGAGAGCUGUUGAAGCCCUCAGCCAGUGUUGCUCUCCACAAACACAGCAAUGCUCUCGUGGACGUUCUCCCCCCAGAGGCAGACUCGAGUAUUUCGAUGCUCCAGGCAGACGAGAAGCCUGACAUUUUGUACAGUGACAUCGGAGGGAUGGACAUGCAGAAGCAGGAGAUUCGAGAAGCUGUCGAACUGCCACUGACUCACUUCGAACUUUAUAAGCAGAUUGGUAUCGACCCACCCCGUGGAGUGUUGAUGUACGGUCCCCCAGGAUGUGGAAAAACGAUGCUGGCGAAGGCAGUGGCUCGCCACACGACAGCAGCCUUCAUCCGCGUCGUCGGUUCCGAGUUCGUCCAGAAGUACUUGGGAGAGGGUCCUCGAAUGGUUCGAGAUGUCUUUCGUCUGGCCAAGGAGAACUCCCCGGCCAUAAUCUUCGUAGACGAGAUCGACGCCAUCGCGACGAAACGAUUCGACGCACAGACUGGAGCGGAUCGAGAGGUCCAGCGUAUUCUCCUCGAAUUGCUGAACCAAAUGGACGGAUUCGAUCAGACAACCAACGUCAAGGUCAUCAUGGCCACCAACAGGGCUGACACUCUGGAUCCAGCUCUUCUUCGUCCUGGGAGGCUCGACAGGAAGAUCGAGUUUCCACUGCCCGAUCGAAGGCAGAAGAGACUCAUCUUCUCUACCAUCACUGCCAAAAUGAAUCUCAGUGAGGAAGUGGAUCUGGAGGAUUAUGUCGCUCGCCCGGACAGAAUAUCUGGGGCUGAUAUCAAUGCUAUUUGCCAGGAGGCUGGCAUGCACGCUGUCAGGGAGAACAGGUACAUCGUUCUGGCGAAGGACUUCGAGAAGGGGUACAAGAAUAAUAUCAAGAAGGAUGAGUCUGAACACGAGUUCUAUAAGUAAAUGGGGAGGGUUUGGAGUGAAGUGGGGAGAGGGGUCUAUUAUCUUGGGAAUGAGUGGGGAUGGAGGAAAAUGGCAAAGGAACUUUUUGUAGAGAAUUUAAUCGCGUACGAAAAUGGUCUUUUGGUAUUUUUUGGUAGAAUAACUCGUUAACGGGGUAAUUGAGAAUUUGAAGAGAUGAAAAAUUUCGAAUGAGAUUAACUUCGAUCUUUGUUAAAUGGGAAAGUAUCUCGGGGAUGAGUGGAUUUAGAGGGAAAUGUUGAAGGAACUUUUUGUAGAAAAUCUAAUUUCUUACAAAAAAGGUUUUCUGGAAUUUUUUGGUAAAACCACUCGUUAAGGAGAUAAUUACGGAUUUAAUGAGGUGAAAAACGUCGAUGAAUGGAAUGAGUAUAAUUUUAAUUUUUGUUAAGCAUGGAUUUAUCUCGGGGCUGAGUCUAGUUUGGAGAAAAAUGUCCUCAAACUCAUUCAUGAGAUAAUUAGAAAAAUACAUGAACCACUUUACGAAAGAAUCAUGGUAUUUGCUGCUCUUUAUUUACUAAUUAAUUAAUUGUAUCAUUUAUGUCACGUUUUGUAAUUGAGGAUUCCAGUUUAUUAUGUACUGAUGCUAUCGAAUAAAGAAUAAUUGAUGAAUAAAUUUGAUUGAUGAAUACAUCUGUA